AUGUCUUACCGCCCCAAUGUCCACUACUUUCGAUGGACGCCCUCAAGCUUGAACCCAAGAUACCAACGUGCGUCCUCAUUUUCCGAUGUGAUUCCUCCUUGCUCAGCGUCGAACGAAGCCCAUGGGUCUUUGAAUGCAUUGAACUUUGAAGUAUCUUCGAUUCCUCAUGAUCACUCCCUUAGAAAACUUCCGACCGACUUCGAAGGGCCUGCCCCUCCCUUGUGCACUGGGAAGCGGAAGGUCCAAGAGCGUAUACCCUUCCGAGUUUUUGGGUUCACGUACACACUUGAUGACCUCGUCGAUUACGCACUGAGGAAUUGCCCCGGCGAUCACGAUACAAAUCCUGAAAGCACGCGCCGUCACCCAUCAGUUGUCAGAGGAUGUCGUCAGCAAGACGCUCGUCGGCACCUCAAGAAGGUUCUGGGUAACCCCCAACAUUGUCUCGUUCGCACUUCGGACGGAUUGGUUUUGACUUGCAUCGCCGUCGGAAGUAACUAUGAUCAAAAGGAUUUGGAUCUCGCGACGGACCCAGAUAACAUUGCCCUUUUCCAGAAGCUGUUCCACUGGGAGGAUCGCAAGCCACGAUGGUACAAACGCGUCAAAGAUGAAAGGGAGAUGAAAGAGAGAGCUUUCGAACGUCUCAUUCUGACCGGGGCUACGAUCCUGGCACCACCACAAGGUACGGAGAUACGCCAAUUGGCGCAUCGAUGCGACCUGGCACCUACGGAAACCGAGCAUGUCCUCAACGACGAUGAGGAAGCAUGGCAGGAAAGCAGACGUCAGCAAGUGCCUCGGGAUGUCCAAAACCACGACGAAGGCACCAAGCGACACCAGACGAGGAGUCGUACAACCUCGGAGGCCAGCGUGGAGGACGACAACUAG